GAGUGUUUCUUGGACCACAUUCAGGUCUCGCACUUUCCUCCUUCACUGGCACCCUAACGACAGUGAGAGCGUAAGACUUACGAUGAGGCCCGCCUGAUCUUGGUUGCCGAUGCUACACAAGAUAAUACUUUCAUAACACGAGCUUGCCGUCCCACUGUCGCGCUUGCAAAUUCCUCGAGGCUCAAACUUUUGCCGCCACCCCAAAAUGGCCGCAAGUACGGAGUCCAGGAAGGGCCACGAUCAUGUUCCACCAGGAUGCGCAACUGAGCCUGAAUUAAGUGAGGCAUCUGCACCACAAGAUGUGGAAACCAGAACAUCCUCAUCUAGGACGGCGUUCAGCGCCGAAAAUCCCAAGGGCUUGGCACGGCACAGCGGAGCAGCCGCGGCAAACCGCACGGCACCACCGAUCCCGGAUGACGGCCACAACGCAACGUCCGCCCAAGCGAGCCUUUGGCAGCGAACUCUGACGAUCCUCAAUUGGAUGCCAAAGCACUGUCGCUAUGACCCGGAGAACCCCCACGGACUGACACGUCUUCUCCAGGCCACCACAUUCACUGUCGCCAAUCUUUACUACCCGCAGCCGAUCCUGAAUCUCAUCGCAAUCGAGUUUGGUGUCGACAAUGAACGCGCGUCAAACGUUGCAGCUCUUACCCAGGCUGGGUAUGCCGUCGGGUUGGCAUUCUUAUGCCCAGUGGCAGACAUGGUCCCGAGGCGCCCUCUUAUUCUGCUCUUGAUUGCAGCGACUGCGACCGUCUGGAUUGGGUUGUGUUUGACACGCGACUUCAAUGUGUUCCUGGCUUUGUCGUUUAUCUGCGGCGUAGGCACUGUUACGCCACAGCUGAUGCUUCCGCUAGUUGGCGACCUCGCGCCGCCAGAGAAGCGAGCAGCCUCUCUCUCGAUUGUAGUGUCUGGCCUCUCGCUGGGGAUGUUGAUAGCACGUAUCUUGGCUGGUAUUGUGUCGAACUUCACGGACUGGAGAAACAUAUACUGGCUUGCGCUCGGAGCGCAGUACCUGACGCUGGGCAUCCUCUUCUUGACGCUGCCCGACUACCCGGCCAAGAACAAAGGUCUCAACUACUUCAAAGGCAUCUGGGGCAUUGUCGUCAUCAUUGUCACGGAGCCGCUUCUGCUGCAAGCCUGCCUGAUCGGCUUCGCCAUGUCCGCAGCAUUCACGUCGUUUUGGACCACACUGACCUUCUUGCUCUCGUCGCCGCCGUACAGCUUCUCAUCUCUGGAGAUCGGCUUGUUCGCGCUGAUGGGGGUUGUCGUCAUCGUCGUGGCGCCAAUCUGGUCCACGUUGAUUACGGAUAGAUUUAUCCUACUCUUUUCCGUCGUGCUCGGCCUCCUCGUCGAUCUGGCAGGCAUCAUCAUCGGAACGUGUAUUGGCAAAUUCACGAUUGCCGGUCCAAUCAUCCAGGGCGUCUUUAUGGACUCGGGUGCCAUUUUUGCGCACACGGCGAACCGCGCCAAUGUGUACUCGCUCGACCCCAAGGCGCGCAACCGCAUCAACACAGCGUACAUGGUUUUCAGCUUUGCGGGUCAGCUGACAGGCACAGCUGUCGGCAACAGGCUCUACGCGGAGGGAGGCUGGACAUGGAGUGGCGGGUGUAACAUUGCCUUUCUAGGAUUUGCACUUCUCGUAGCAAUCUCCAGAGGCCCCAGGGAGACGGGCUGGUUUGGCUGGACGGGUGGUUGGAGCAUUCGGCGGGACCCGCCGCAAUCGCUUCAAAAAGAUGAGACCACUGCUGCCGAGGAGGCUCUUACAUCAGGCGAAGCGAGCGACGCAUCGGAGAAGCAGCAGCGAUCAUAAGAUGAGGACACCCCUGCUCGAAGGCAGGCAGGGAGGAGCUGCUGGGGAUUGCUGGAUCUUACGUAGCCGUGACAGAUCGAGAUGCAGAUGUUCCUAAUUACUUGGUAAUAAGGGUCCGUUGCCAUCGACCAGAUCCGCUGGAAUCGUCGAGGACAAAGGUCAAUUGCCCACCCUCAAUUAUCGCGAUCUUGCCAUCCCUGUCUUGUGAGAAAUUGCGCAUUUGUUGCUGGGAAAAAAAGAACAUACUCGGGCAGAGAGUGAAUCGAGAAGAUUGCC